UAGACCGGAGCUGGAAAAACCAUUUUUUUAUUAGGGACUUACAUGACCACUACUCAGUCUUCACCAUUAACAUCACUUUAUCACGAACUUGUUCCUCUGCUUGAAUUUUUAAAAACAUUCAGCGAAAGUAAAGACCUAAAAUUUCUCUUUAUUAAUGACGAUAUCUCCUUCAAAAGGCUUUUAAGGUUAACUCUUGUCGCAAGAAAUGAUGAUUCUCCUACACCUCCUAUUAUUACAAAAUUAACAACUACUCCAGAUCGGCUAAAAAUUCCUCAGAAGGAGCUUGUUCAUCGAGCUAUUGAGAUUAUUUUUGAAAAAAAUCAGUUAACAAACAUUCUGACUUUUGGUUACAGGAAGAUGCACUCUUACUCUGAUAACGGCGGAGUGAAAGACAUCUUAGGGGUAGAGAGCAUUUUUCCUAACACACUUGUGACGUUUCUGAAAACAAGAGAGUGGGAAUUGCUGUUAUCCCGUAUUGGUGAAAAUUUCAUGUUUUAUUUACUACUUCACACGUCUAUGUUUCUUGAGCUUUCAAACGGAUCUUUUAUGCAAAUUUGCGGAGUUGCAGCCUAUCAUGCACUUUCUCAUAAAACUUAUACGGCACCACUAAAAGACAAUUUGAAACUGGAAAGAAGUGACGUUCUCACCACUUAUACUUGUAAUAAAAAGAAAAAUAGUAGUAAUAUUAAUAAUAAUUAUAAACAUAAAGUUAACAACAUUGAGAGUAAGUAUGCGCAGCCCACCGACACCAUAACUAUUUUUAAUAGUAAUAACGAUAAUAACAAGAAAGACAAACACGACAAACCAUACAGAAAAAAAAAGAAUCGGUUGGGCUCCGCACAGAGAAAAAAGCUUAGAAAGCGACGUAGGUCAAGUCUCUCUUCCUUCGAAGUUUUGCAACAAUGUCCUUUCCACGUUGAGGACCAACCCUUCAAACGUACGGCCGACUGUCUUGCAAGCGAUCUUCUUCCUGGUGAUAACAAAAGAAGAGCGGUACAAAGUAAGAGCAACGCGUGUGUGAGCAACAGUAAAACCACGAGUUUGUGCGGAGAGUCUGUGCUGAAUUGCCCCGUAAAGCGCACUCGCAUCUUCUACUCACAUUACAGGACAGUAACUCUCUCGAAGACCCACGCACUGCACGAGUCAAUGGACAGGACGGGGACCGCUGACGGACUGAUUACUGCAGUGUUUGGCUUCGGUAGUGUCUUGAAAGCGACGGGCUGCCAUCGCAUGCGGAGGCGUUAUCGUUUGCUCCGCCCGCUUUUUCAGACGAUUAAGCGGAAUUUCCACGCCGCGCAAACGUCUCUUCUUUUCUCCCGAAUCAUCACCAGAACACGUCGACCCGAUUCGGCCGCCGCUUCAGCUGACUCUGUGUUCCCUCAAGAGGAGUUAAAAUGGUUGCAGCUACCACCGUCGCCUGCUUAUAACAGCGAUAACGACAAGGAAGUUGGUCAGCGGGGUUCGUGUGACUUUCAGGAGGGCUUCCCCCCAGACGACAGCGGAUUUCGUGAGGUUUAUGUCAGCAAGGAAGAGCUACCAGAAACGGAAGUUUUGCGACUGGUUGGACAGUUUUCCUCGCAUGCUGACGUGAGUAGAUUUCUUUAUCUAAGCAUUAUGCAAAUUGUCCCGUUCCAUGUGUUUGGCUGUGCGCAUAAUGCUAAACGAUUAUUUCAAGAAAUCAGCCGCUUUGUUUCUUUCCGCCGACACGAAAAGUACCACGUGAGCAGCCUUCUUAAAGGGUUUCGGUUGUCUGAAGCGAAGUGGCUGAAAAUAAAUCCGGCGGCUUCGGGGGGCAGCCCUUUGGAACUGCAACUCAGGAAGGAACUCUGCACCAAGUUUUUUUCCUGGCUCUUCGAAUCUCUUGUAAUCCCACUUAUUCAGUGCUAUUUUUACGUUACCGAGCAUGCCGGCUUCAAGUGGAGGACUGUUUACUACCCAAAACACGUGUGGAACCGUCUCCAUGAACUCGAGCUGAGCAGGUUGAAGGCCACGACUCUCUGCCAACUGGAUGCGAGGGCGCUGAGCAUGCAGUCCAACAACUCGGUUUCCUGCUCGUAUCUCCGCUUCAUGCCCAAGCCCAACGGCGUGCGCACCAUCGUCAAUAUGUCUCGAACUGUCUCUCUAGUGCAGAGUAUUUUUUAUUAUUCCGUUAAGCUCUGUUUUCGUUGGCAGAAGCCCCUCCGGCCAGAAGAGAUCCGCAGGAAAAUGUUUUCCAUCAACAGCCAACUUUCCAAUGCGUUUCAUAUUCUACGCCACGAAAAGGCAAAAUCGGGGAGGUCUGCCACGCUGUUCAAGCUGGACGACAUACAUUGUAGAAUCUACCGAUUUGCGCGGCAGUGGCAGACUUGUGAUAGAAAACUGCCUCUCUACUUUGUUUCUGUGGACAUCCGGACAGCCUUUGACUGCAUUCCUCACGACAAGCUGCUUACUCUCGUGCGAAAUUUACUUCGAGAGAAUGACUACAUGAUCCGAAAGUACGCAGUGCUUACCCGCUGUAACGGCUUUAUUAGAAGAGAUUUCAAAAAGACCGUUUUUUGCCCAAACGAGAUCACUACGUUUACCGAAUUUUCCAAGAGUUUAUCUUUACAUGUGAAAAAGGCUGUCUUGAUCGACCAGGUGGCCUUUCUCCUGCAACAGCGGGGAGAAGUACUACGUUUAGUUGGCAAACACGUGAAAGAAAAUGUCAUGAAAAUCCGCCACGAGUUUUACUUGCAAAAAGUUGGCGUUGCUCAGGGCUCUGUGCUGUCGACCCUCUUCUGCAGUUUAUUUUUGGACGAGUUUGAGAAGUCGCGUGGAAUACAUGUGCCCGAACGGAAGGGGGUUCUCGUGCGCUACGUGGACGACUAUUUGCUGAUCACCUCGGAGCGAGCUCUUGCCAACGAUUUCCUUAUCAAAAUGCAUCGAGAAGUUCCGGGAGACGAAGUGAAACUGAACACUGAGAAAACUUUGGUGAAUUUUGACGCCUCCCUAAACGGCCGAACUCUCAACCACAGCCGAAUUGAGCACGGAGACUUCUUUCCUUGGUGCGGCUACUUAUUCUGUACGAAAACACUGAAUGUUAUUCGUGAUUUCAAAAAAUUGAGUUCGUGCGUGGCUGACAACAUGAAUAUAAGCCUCUACAACUUUCCAGGGUUACGCAUGCAGCAAAAACUUUUACUCUUUCUUGGGCGGAAGUGCAGCUCACUAGUGCUGGACUGCUCUCUCAACUCCAUUCAGAUUGUUCUUCUCAACGUCUACCAGAUCUUUCUGUAUGUGGCCUGCCAGCUCUGCGUGUACGCCUCCCGCCUGGACUUUAUUAACGUCUCCCACCUUCAGAAAACGAGCCGAACGAUCAUUGCUUCACUGGCACAUGUGGCCAAAGCUCGAAUUUCUAGCGCUCGAGCCGGUACGGGAUCCUCGCGGUUCCUGCUGAAGAGGGCGAGCGUGAUUUGGCUGGGAAACCACGCGUUCCACAGAAUAUUAAAACGCAAGCACGCGCAGUUUCGGGCGAUUUUGAUCUCUUUUAAGCGAAAUUUGAAACGUUUGGAACGGUUGGUCGACGUUGGGCUGCUGGCUGCUGUGACAGAGUCUAAAUUAAAUAAUGUUUUCAAGAACAUUAACUUGAACUGGUGAGAUUGACCUGCUGCAAACUGCUUAU